AUGACCGCCAAUCCUUUGAUCAUCACUGCUGUACUUCUCCUUGUUCAAUCUGGAGCCCUGGCUUUCAAGAUUGUCCUUGACUUCAGUUCAAUGUCACAUCAGGAAAUCACAAAGUCAGCUAUUCUCCAAGCGACUGCAGAGGUGUGUAAGGCACGUGCUGAGCAACUGGGACAGAACUUCGUGCUGCCAAAUCCACUGACCGUUAAAUCGCUAGCAGCGGCAUGCUCAUAUCCACAAGCAGCAAGAAAAUUCCAAAGCGUCAUCGAUGAUAUCAAAGACGAAAACAGAGAUGUUGAUAUUCGACACUUUUUUAACACAGAAUAUCACUUCGACGACGAGAGUUUUUUGCAGGGACGCGAUAUCAUCACGCAGGGAGUGAGCACUGUCAAAGCGAAUAUUCAGCAAAAGAAUUUUGAGACAGCCAGGGAAACACUUGGAGAGAUACUACAUCCUUUACAGGACUUCUACAGUCACAGUAACUGGAUAGAGCUGGGAAACCAGUCUCCAUACAGAAACUUGAUCAAACCAGACCUCCCAAUUAACAACAUUGCCGACAAGAGUACCCCAACUUGUAGGAGCUGUGUUGAUGAUAACUGUACCGGAAAUAUACUGGAAAGCAUCAUUACUGAGAAGAAGCUAACGUCAGGAUACUUCAGCGCCACCGAUACAAUCAAACCUUAUGGAAAGUGUAGCCACGGAGGAUCACUUGAUAAGACCAAAGAAACUGAGCCCGUUGGAGGGAUCAAUAAAGACAGCUUCGGCUCUGACCAUGGCCACCUACACCUCCAGGCUGCAAACAUGGCCAUUGCCGCCACCAAAGAACUGUUAGAAGACAUUGGGGCCUCAGUCGGGAUCAACAACUUCCUCAGAUUGAUGGGUAUCUCUCAGACAUUUAGUGUCCUGUGUGUCGUGAUUGACACCUCCAAGAGUAUGGCCGAUGAUAUUGCUGAGGUGAAACGCAUCAUCUCAUUGAUCAUUGACGGCAAGAAAGGCACCGCAGAUGAACCCUCUGAAUACAUCCUGGUUACAUUUAAUGACCUUGACUUUGGGCCACUGACAAAGACCACAGACGCUGAAGAAUUCAAAAGACUUCUAAAUGCGAUUUCUGCUUCCGGAGAAGCAACAGCUACUGCUAAGAAAUGCCUGUCGGGUCUUUGGCUGGCACUGACAGGAGCCCCACACAGAUCUGAAAUGUUUGUUUUCACUGAUGCUGAACCAGAGGAUGUUGAGCUGAAAAGCACAGUGUUGGCACUAAUUGAAAGCACAAAAUCAACAGUGAAUUUUCUUCUAACUAAUGCUCUCUCUGCACAAAGCCAUGUGUCCAACCCAUCAAAUCAGCUUUAUCAGGAACUUGCUGAAGCUUCAGGCGGGCAGGCCAUUGAGGUUUCCAAGGGUAUGCUACCUCAGGCCUCCAGCAUCAUUGAGGACACCGUCAGUUCAGAACUGGUCAUGCUGUUUUUUGCGGUGCGGAACCAAUCAGCUGCAGAAGAUUUCUCCUUCCUCGUAGACUCCUCUGUUACAAAUCUUACUAUCUACAUCACUGGCUUUUCAUCAAAUUUCACUAUUACAAGCCCUUCAGGAAUGUCCCAGUAUAGUACUGAGUCAAACGGAACUCUGGGAAUGAUUCAGACUUCAGGGAAUUUCCAUACAAUAAGACCACACAGCAAGAAUGGAACAGGACUGUGGCAAAUCAGUGUUAAUUCCACUCAACCAUUCACGGUGAAAGUCACCGGACAGAGCGUGACUGACUUCCUUUUUGACAUUGUGGAGGUCGUCCAGGACCCUGUUCCAGGAUACACAGCGUUAGACAGCAGGCCCCAAACCAGUGGGAAUGUAACAUUGCUGCUGUCAGUAACAGGAGGUGACUCCUUGAAGUUGACAGAAGUAGCUGUUGUUGAGACAAUGGGCACAGAAACAGUUAACGGAAGCCUGGAAGAUCAGGGCAAUGGACAAUACCUGGCGACCUUUAACACUGUACCACGUGGCUCUUUUGGUAUUCAUGUGACUGGGCAGUAUAGCUCCAUUCAAUCCUCCCAAAUUAGCUUCCAGAGAUACUCCUCUACCCAACUAAGAACCUCCGGCGUGUCAGUCUCGGCUGUGGCAAAUGGAACAUGGACACCUGGAACGACUUUCAGCCUGCCCUUCACGGUUGAAACCAGCCAAUCAGGGGGCAGCUUCAGCAUCACAGUCAGGAAUGACCGAUUGUACAAUAUGACUUUCCCCAGUUCGUUGGUCAUUGGUAACGGGGGCAGGGCCAAUGGUACAGUAACCCUCACUGCUCCCUCAGACACUCCCUCUGGCACCGACGUCACACUGACCAUUGAGGCUGCAGCUCCCGGUGACUCAGACUCCAACUAUGUUGUGUUGCGUCUCUCUGUGGUGGCUGGAGUGGGACCAGCCAUGUCCCUGUCUCUGAGCCUCUGGAAGCAGAAUAAUUAG